AUGGCCUGUGGGCAUGGCUAUCCUACCAGUCAAUUCAUUCAAGACCACGAGCUGAAGUUCUCGUGCCUAAAUGACUGUCUUUCCCUGUAUGAGAGAGCUGCUUAUAAUGCCGGUAACAACCAAGGGCCAUUCUUCAAUACCCGGGUAUGGGGCCAGCCCUCUGUGCACUUUGGAGUACAGUCAUCCCGGGACCGUUCCACAUCCUACCCCACUACUCAUGAUAAGUUUACACCGCUAUUCUCAUCAGAACUCCAGGAUAAGUGGGUUCAAUUUCUGGGCCCUAUGGCCUGCCAAGACCCAGGAAUUAAGACAGAACUCCGGCUUCCAUGGGUCCAAGCCAAAGACUGGAUUCUUCAGCAAAAACUUCAUUGCUUUUCUUCCGGCCUCACUCCAUUUCAGUUUUGUAAUAAUCUGGUGGCUUUAGGAAUAUGCAACCCUCCUACAGCCGAGGAGAUGGGCUCAUGGAUUGGAGGAAACAGGAGGCUAGGCGCCUUCCAGGGACUCAAGAUACUGGGAUUCAACAUCGAUGCAAGGGGCCCCAAGUUCGGGCAGACCGCCUUCCAAUCCUUUCACGCUCAUCUGGAGCAGCAUCUUCACCCCUCGGACAAACUCGACCUCACUUUUUCCACAAUAUUCUCCGAGCACCUGCUGUGCAAGAUCUUUCGCUACGCUGGUAUGUUUCAAAAGACAGAUAAGACCUCUCUUAUUUCCCUCGCGGAGAAUGUGUCGUGCAGUGAUUGGAGAUCUGGGGACAAUAUCAAUGAUGAGUCCGGUCAACUAUUCCCUAUUCCUUUCGGCCAGAAUAGGGAGGUUUUGGACCAGCUGGUAGCUGCCUCAGACUGA